CACACACAUACGCACGCACACGUCCGGAGCGCGCCGGGGAGACGCGCCAGAUAUUACUUAUACGCUGCACGUGCGAGGAAAAAAAAAACCGUAAUGGCACGCGCAUCCGUUUUUAAUACAACUUAGAAGAAAAACAAUGUCAUUGCAAAUAUAUAAAUCGAUAUUAAAACACAUCUAGGUGGGUUUUUUUUUCUUUUUCCCAGAGGCGAGGCCGUCAUGAUGCACACCGGGAUGAAGGGACGAGGAUGCUGAUGCUGAUGCUGAUGAUGCUGCUGCUCAUGAUGACACCGUCGGCGACGUCACGAGCCCGUUAUGCUGAAUCCAUAAUUACCAAAGAUCAAGUCAUCUAAAGAUUUUGAAUUAUGGGUAAUGUGGAAAGCCAAUAUGGCAGUCACAGCUUCUAUGGCGACCGGGAACGUCAACUAUCACGGAAGCGAGUGUCCCGAUCGUUGCGUCUAUCGGGGAAGCAGUCAUACAGGAGAAAACCCGAGCACCGUAACUCGGAGACAAGCACCCGAUCGAGCAGCACACCAAGCAUCCCGCAGUCGCUUGCUGAACAUGGCCUGGAGCCGUUCGACGACUCUGACGCGCUGCCACACUUCAGCUCCCCCAUCUGGGUGGAUCGGGUGGCUAUGAAUCUGCGGCCUAUGAGCUUUCACAAGGAUUCUGCGCAAGAGCCUUGUACCAACAGUCCAGCUAAUGUUCCUUGUGUCGACGCCGACAAUGAGCAAAGUGUGCCCGAGACCUCCAAGCCACCUGAGGGUGCCGGUUCUUUCAAGAAGAAGCGUUCCAAAUCUGUAGACGUGUGGAGGGAUGACUCUCUGGAGGUGUCUCUGUCUGAUGCGAGUCUGGAGCGCUUAACAAGCACGGAGGAUCUCAUGGACAAUGCUAACGUCACUGAUGUGACCCGUGCUAACUCGCUGGGUGAGCUUUACACACCGCAGGGCUACGCUAAAAAACGCCACAAGGGUGGAGUGCUGUGCAGAGACAGUGAGGAGGACAAGAUGCUGUCUCCAUGCGAUGAUGAUGGUGCCACCUAUGGAGCGUUCACGCUACCCUGCCGCCGAUCUCACUGUCUGUCAGAAGGAUUAAACAAUCACCCGGCAGCAAUGCCAGGGAGGCGGGCACAAACCAUACAAGAUGUGACAGUAGGGGACAUCAUUGAGCUGGAGGACAGUGGAAUUGAUGGCCUGAUUGGAGACAGUGACGUGUGUGAGCUCCCAUCUCGCCGUUACAAGGCCUUGUCUGUGUACUCUACACCAGCAGGGGGCAGCGGAGACACACCUGAUUCCGGCGUGCAGGGCGUGUAUGAGAACUUCCGCCAGGAGCUGGAGAAGAGCGUCUGCCGGGCAGAGACGCCGGAAGAAGGGGCGUCGGCUCUAAGUGACGAACUAAGCUACGCGAAUCAGACAGAGGCGCUGGUGGGGGUGGCCGAAGGCUGCGUACGCAAAGCAGGCCGUCUUAAUGUGAAAAACCUGCUUGUGCACAAGAAGAACAAGAAGGUGGAGCUCGCUGCUCGGCGCAAGUGGAAGAGCUACUGGGUCUUGCUAAAAGGGUGCACUCUGUUUUUCUAUGAAGCGGACGGACGAUCAGGAAUCGAUUACACCAGCAUCCCAAAACACGCAGUCUGGGCGGAGAACAGUAUCGCACAGGCUGUUCCCGAGCAUCCGAAAAAAGACUUUGUCUUCUGCCUCAGCAACUCAAUGGGAGACUCUUAUCUUUUCCAAACAUGUAGUCAGACCGAGGUGGAGAACUGGGUGACGGCGAUCCACUCUGCGUGUGCCGCCGCCGUCGCCCGGCAACAUCACCGCGAUGACACUGUGCGCUUCCUGCGCUCCGAGAUCCGUAAACUGGAGCAGAAGAUCGACAUGGAUGAGAAGAUGAAGAAGAUGGGGGACAUGCAGCUAGCCUCCGUGACCGACACCAAGAAGAGGAAAACCAUUCUGGAACAGAUCUCAGUGUGGGAGCAGAAUCUGGAGUGUUAUAACGUGGACUUGUUCCGACUGAGGUGUUAUUUAUGCAGCCUGCAGGGAGAGGAGCUGCCGAAUCCGAAGCCUCUCCUCUCGGUGGCUUCACGCGCCACCAAACUCUCCAUGGGACGCCUCGGCUUCUCGGUGUCCUCCUUCCACGCUCUGGUGAUCAACUCUCCAAGCCUUAAACGAUCUCUCGGUUUCUGCAUCUUUACCUUACCUUCAUCCACUAAAAACUCUACGGGCUUCUCCGUCUCCACUGUUCAUACUUUGGUGGCCAUCUUUUGACCUUCAUCUUGGUCAUUCUUCUGUCCACUCUCUCCUUCCUACAUUUUCAUCUUAACACCUAGAACAUUUCCUUAGAUCCACUAAUCUCUGGUAUAGGAGUCCAGAGAAAGAUCUAGAAACAUGACUAUUAAAGGCCACUGCCAAACCUUGUGGCCAGUGAGUCCCAAGUUGGGGCAUUACUGGGGAACAUUUGUGCUAAUUCUGACUUGGACAUUUG